UUUCUGGUGCAUGUAGUGUUCACCUAUUAUGUUUUGCUUAUUUUUAUGAGUCUCAAAUAACACGUUGGCUUCCUCAGAGUUCAAAAACUAUACCACAGGUUAGCUCUUAUGCGUGAUUGUGUACGUUUUGCCAGUCUUUUUCAAGAUUUUCUACUUGCUGUGAGUUUAUAUCUUUUUUCUUUUUCAGGUUUUUAAUAGCUGCUUCCAUAACAUUUUCAGCAUUGAUGCGAUCCCAAACUCCUCGUUUCUUUAAAAGUUUUGUAUCCAAACAUAAACUUCAUAGCAUAUUCUUGCAUCUGAUAUUUUUUUUGUAACCAACCAGAUCCACCAGCCGGACUGUUCAUAAAAAGCUUCUCUCCUUUUUUUUUUUAGUUCAAUUAUUUUUAAAAGAUGAGCCACUCUUCAAAACUCCUUGUUAAGCGUCUUUCAGAAUACGCCAAGCUUCCCACAAGAGGAUCUGCACAUGCUGCUGGCUAUGAUCUAUACUGUGCACAUGACACUGUCAUUCCUGCUCAAGGCAAAAGCAUUGUUGCUACUGAUAUCAGUAUUGCCAUUCCUGAAGGUCAUUAUGGUCGUGUUGCACCAAGAUCUGGCUUGGCAUCUAAGCACCACUUAGACACAGGUGCAGGUGUUAUUGACGCUGAUUACCGAGGUCCGGUGGGCGUUUUGUUGUUCAACUUUAGUAAAGAAGAUUACCAAGUCAAACGCGGUGAUCGUAUUGCUCAAUUGGUCAUUGAAAAGAUUUCUACACCUGAAGUCGUGGAAGUAGAUUCAUUAGAGGAAUCUGAACGAGGUGCUGGUGGAUUUGGCAGUACUGGAUAUCAAUAAAUUAUUAGACAUUUUUAGAAAAAAACAGACUCUAUGUUUAGAAAAAGACGCGUUUUAGUCUGGUUUUAGAAAUAUAAUCACUUGUCUUUUCCAUUAGCAAAAGCUUUUCUUUUUUAUAUGAAAGAAAGGUGUCCCUUUAUUUCACAAACAAAUGCUACAUUCGCAUAAACCGUUCAACCGGGCCAUUGCCGGAGUGUAAAAUACCACUCCGGACGCACGGUCAAGUUUGUUCGCACGGUUAAAGAGGAGACAAGAGGUCAGCUAUGGCCUGUAUGUGCUAUGAGACCAUAGAUGUAUUAUGAUGAAAACACGCUAUGCAUUAUGGCUGAUGUAUAAAAGAGAGAAAAGGGGGAGUAUUUAAACUAGAAAAAGAGAAAGAGAGACAGAGACGAGCUCAU